CUGCUUCCUUUUAAACAGUGUUUAUCUGUUGCCACCUCCAGCCCCUCAAGAUACCAAAACAAAGGCAAAAUCCAACCAACCAGCCAGCAUGGAAAAUGUGGGCUUUACCACCAUCUAUGAAAAUAUAGAGAACACUGGCCUCUAUGAGAUUCCUGAUUCAGAGGAAGCAAAAGAGGAUCAUCUUUAUGAGCAAGUCCAUGAAGACUCAGCAUCUCCUUCCUCCACCACCACUCCAGAAAGCAUGGACAUCAGCUGUCAGGAGAGCCCAGAACACAGCCGCAGUAAUUCUGUCUCAUCUCAGCAAGCAGCUGAUGGUGAGGAUGGUUCCGCUUCCUCUCAGCAAGGGGCUGAAGAGGACCAGCAUCGCCAGGAAGAGAUGGAGAUGAUGAGCCCAAGGCCCAGUGACGAAUCUGUAGAAAGGAUGGUGUUUGGAAAUAAAAUCCCAUCUCCUACUGGAUUCAGUCUUCGUAAGAGCCCGGGCACUUCCUCCACCUUCCCAACUUUCACCAGAUUUCCAGCUAACAACAACUUAGGAGAAACUGACAACUUUCAGAAGGAGUGUGAGAUUUUCCUCUUUGUUAAGGCUGGUAUUGAUGGAGAGAGUAUUGGGAACUGUCCUUUUUCACAGCGUCUCUUCAUGAUCCUCUGGCUCAAAGGGGUUGUAUUUAAUGUCACCACAGUUGACCUGAAAAGAAAGCCAGCUGAUCUACACAAUUUGGCCCCUGGAACCCACCCGCCAUUCUUGACUUUUAAUGGAGAGGUCAAGACAGAUAUCAACAAAAUCGAAGAGUUCCUGGAGGAGAUGCUUGCACCUCCAAAGUACCCCAAGCUGGCUGCUACACAUCAUGAAUCAAACACUGCGGGGAUAGAUAUCUUCUCCAAAUUCUCUGCAUACAUAAAAAACACCAAGCAGCAGGACAACACUGGCCUUGAGAGAGGUUUGACAAAGGCAUUAAAGAAGCUGGAUGACUAUCUGAACACCCCUCUGCCUGAAGAAAUUGAUGCAGACAGCACUGAAGAGGAGAAAGUGUCUAAACGCAAGUUUCUGGAUGGGGAUGAGCUGACGCUUGCCGAUUGCAACCUUCUGCCCAAACUUCAUGUUGUUAAGAUUGUAGCUAAGAAAUAUCGCAACUAUGAGUUCCCGACAGAGAUGACGGGGCUAUGGCAAUACCUGAAGAAUGCUUAUGCCAGGGAUGAAUUCACCAACACCUGUGCUGCGGACAAAGAAAUUGAGCAAGCAUAUGCAGAUGUGGCCAAGCGGCUCAGCAAAUCCUAACUGACAUCCGCAAGGGCUCAGUAUCCCCAGGGGAUUCCCAGUUCACAGAUUCCUCUCCUUGUUGUCUUAGGAGAUAUUCUUCAUCAUGUUUCCGGUUGGCAUCCCCAUGACUUCAGCUGUUAAAGUGUAUUGGUCAGGGCCAAAUCUGCCUCUCCCUAGAGAAAACAUAAGGCAACUACAGGGGGGUAAAAAACCCUCUGGAAUCUGAACCCAAGAGCUGGAGCAAGUAUUAUUAUUGGCAAUCAUCAUCAGUAUUUGCAACUAUUCAUCUUUUUUUUGUUAAUAUCAGCCACCUAUUUUACUGGGAACUUUAAAAAAUAGGAUAUUGAGCUGAAAAAUUCAAGUAGAUGGGUUAGGAAUGUACAGAACUGGUUCUUCUCUGGCCCUUUUCAAGGAUACUUUUUUUCUGAUGUGAUCUAUCCAAAAUUACACUGCUAGUGGGAACCUUGAGGUAGUAGGAAUGAGGUUUUGUCUGAAAGCAAAAAGAGUUUGACCCUAUGGGAGAAAUUUCCUUAGCAGAUAUAUUCAAAAACCUCUGUUUUAACAGGGCUGGAGGAGGUUAUAAGAUGCUCAUUACUGAUGUGGUGCUAGUGAGGAGAGCAUCAGUGGAUAUGUCAAACUUGCAGAUGCUGCUUGGCAUAUGAUUUGCAUGUUUCCACUUCAUCCAAAUCAUAAACGGAAAAGAGAGAGAAUGAGAGAUGAACUGGACCGUUCACCCAAAAGCCCACCGGAUCUCUGGGGAGACGUGCUCAGAUGCUAUAGUGAUAGGGGGCAGAUAAUUACUCUGUUACGUAGAAAGAAUCCUCACAGCUCGCUGAAUUGUUAGAUAUUCUCACCUUAACUGUAUAUUUGCCAGCUUAUUUAGAUUGAGAGCCAUGGGUGGGAGUGGAAAUCUGUUGCCUCUUAUGAAUGCCAGAUUGGGGAGAAAUACCCAAUUUAUUUUUGAGCUUGUGAAACUGAUCACCUUUCAAAGUUCAUCUCCCAUUCUAGACAGCAGGUUGGCCUGAAAACCUUAAGGAGGAUGAGCUAGAAGGGAGACCUGAAGCAGAGAAACUCCCACUCCUAGCUAGAAAGUUGGCAAGUAUACUAGCACAAACGCAUGCAAGGUGGCUUUGUCCCACUCGUUCCCUGAUUCAUAUCACUGCUGUCAAUGACCCUUAUCAAUGACCCUUUUGACUGUGCACUAGGACUGUUUUCCAAAAUGAUUAGUUUGUGCUAUGGGCAGUCGUAUGAACAGAUCUGCUUAGUUCUGAUCACUUUAUUGGUGAAUCACUUUAAGAAAUUAAGGGCGACAAUUCUUUUGUAUGAAAUAUAAAAGAUUGAGUUGAUUUAGCUAGCUACAUAUCAGGGAGAGGAAGGCUUCCAAUCUUCAUCAAAUCUGGAGAUUUAUAGUUGUUUGAAAAGAUCAAAUAAAAUUGAACUCUAGCAUGCCUUGGCUUCACUCCUGAUCAGCCCCUUGCUCCUGUAUGGAACUGCAGUGACCUCAGUGGGACUCCAGACUGGCAAACCCUUAAAUUGGGGAACCUAGGAUCAGGCCCUUGUUUGCAAUUAAAAAGCUAAUGAACUGGAGACAACUUAUAAGGCCAGAAUCUGCUCUGUUACAGAGAUGUAGCUCUAGAGUAAUUCCAGUGACUUUGGAGGAGUUACUCUGCAUUCACACCAGCACAGCUGAGAACAGAAUCUUGCCCAUUGACUGAUGACAUUUAGGGCUGACUACAGUAUUGCACAGAGCAGUCAGUUUGUUCUGAACUUUCCAAAACCUUGGAAGAAAGUCCAUGAACUCCCUAGUCUUCCCUCAGAAUGGGCUAUUUAAACAAGCAAAUGCUUACACUCUUUACAAUGUUGCUGAGAAAUCAACUGGCUCUGAGAGCACAAGUAACAGCCAGCAAAAUACAAUGAGAUUAGAAGAGUCUGCACAUUCACAUGUGGCUCAUUAAAAAUGUGUCUCCAUAAAAUAACCAGAUUGGAAUUGUUUGUAUUUUUUUUUAAAUUAAGAUAUUUAAUUAUUUAUUUUGAUUGAUUAAAUUCUUUCUUUCUUUCUUCUCAGCAUAUUGGUUGAACUGGCUCACUCUGUAAGACUGUUAUAACCAAGGCUCUGCAAAUGUAGUUUGUAAUGAACAGUGGUUUCCUGUGUCUGAUUAAUGGCCAUUUUGGAUUUUUUUUCACUAUGGCUUGGCUACCAGAACUCCAGCUGACCAAGACUUCACUUUUCUCAAUCAUCAUCUAACAGGUUAUUUUUUUAAAAAUCAGAGGCUUUGUCUAAUCAGAGUUGUGUAUGAACUGUGAAUAAAGAAGUAGAAAGCCUGC